ACCAGCUUCUAGCAGCCUCGAUGGCACCUCGAUUUGUGAAAUAUUUUACAAAAAUCGGCGACAAAUAGUAGUUGCUUGGGCGAAAACAUUCGCAAGUGAUACACCGACUGAGCUGGCGUGCGCUGGUGGUGCAGAACGGAAGCAAGCGUGCUACAACGGUGGCACGGUAGAAGCAGAGCACAGCAGCACGCGUUUGUGAAGUUGCAGUUCCCUUUGCCAGCUUAAACGACGAGAAGUGCAAAGGAGAGGCGGGUUGCAUAAUUGCACUCUAGAAGCGAAGCGUGCGUGGUGCAGGGAAGAAAGUGUGCGCACAGCGGACGCAGCCGCGAGAAACGCUGAUAGGAACACACACGUAGGCACGGGUGUGUGAUACAUGACGACGUCGAUGCUCGAUCGAUCGAUCGCGCUUCCCAUAGUUUGGUGAAUCGAGAUGCAGUACCCACAGCCCUCUUUGGUUGACGAUUUGCAGUGAGAGCCAGUGUCAGGAGUUUCUUUGCCAUCCAAAGAACGGGGCUCUUGCGAGCAAAGUGUUCAGGACAAGAAGGACCACGGCGGGUAUGCGAACGCUGCGAUUCGCGUGCGACCUCGAACGUGUAUGACUAAGCCGUGCCCCCUAGUCAUGAGCUAACCAGUGAUUUUGUGUGACUAUUCUGAAUUUCAAGCAGUUUCGCCUGUGGUGAGAUCGUGUAUAUCCGUUUGUGCAGCUGUGUGAACGUGAACAACAGAAACAACAAGUGGAAGCAGCAUUUUUGCCACAAGUGCGUUUAAUCGGAGACAAUUCAAGUGAGAAGUGUGUGUCGAUGCGCGGUUCCUAUGCUUUCCUAUGCUCGGAUCAGUGUCUCCUGCACUAUAUUUGAGCACCAGCGAAAUCGUAGAGUAGCGAGCAUUAGUGGCAGCAGCACAUCUCCUCCAGCUCCGACGAGAAGCUAAACCAAACUAUUUACCUGAGCGCGCUAUGAAUUAGUAGUGUUACCCAGGGAACGGCAGCCUUUUCGUGAUCGUGACAAUAUCCAACCCCCACCCCUUUUCCCUUCAUCUUCCGUUAUCGUUGCAUUGGGACCUCGCUGCAGCAACGCAACUUGUUUCGGGUAAAGCUGCCCCCAUCAUCACCGCUAGCAGCUAGAUUUACGCCGCAUCGCAUACGCUGAUUCCUGUCGACUUUUCUGCUUCGUACGCACUACUCUUGCGGAUAACGUCAACGUGUAUCAUGUUGAAAUUCGGAGAAUAGAUAGCGUAUGAAAAGCGAGCGGUUUGCACAUUCGUGUUCGUUGUUCCACGCUUCACUAUCAGCGAACGACGAGACGAUUUAGAGAAGAAAGAUCAGCCUAGUGCCACGACGGGGUGAAAUGAAUUGAGUGUUGCGUUUUGCGUUUGCCAUACAAGGAAGAAAUCUUUGCCAAAACACAAAAAGUAAAUAAUCGACAUUAAGUGGGAGAAGGAACUCGCGCACUGCACACCACGAACACGAAGAGAAAAAAAGGGUAGCACGCGAGUAGCCUGCAGCUCCUCCUUCUGGUCGGUACGUUAAGGUUGGCUCAGAUCGAUCCCCAGAAAACCAAAAAGAGGAAAAGGAAAACAAACAAAAGCAAACUCCAAUAGAAUAACGAUUCCUAGCAGUAUUGCCAAGAUUCUUGUCGUUUGCUCUCUUGUGACGACAACAGUUGUUGGUGCGGAACGCUUAGCAGAAAGCAGCACAGUGUACUGCAAUUGAUCUUAUUAUUAGAAAUACUAGAAGCACACAGACACACAUACACACAACAAACACACGCAUAAACGACGCUCUAUUACCACGCGACUAUUUACAACUAACUGCACUCCACCUUCAUCACUAGCAGCUUGCAGCAGCAGUGGCGGCGGUCUGUAGCGUGUGUUGUCCUUACUCAAACAACUACUACUUUACUACCCAACAACAAGUCUGAAAACGCUUUUAUGAAUUUACUUAAUCCUCUCUGCUCAUUGUUGUAAGGAAGAGAGAAAAGGAUAGCGCGGAACUGCAGCAUCCCGUUGAUGGCCGUUUGACAACAGAGCCAGUACUGGGUGUUAAAUCUGUGUGUAUGUUUGUGAGCGUCACGAAACAAACCAGCGAAUGUAUCAGCACCCUCAUCUCCACUUUUGAAUGGUGUACUUUGAGUCUGAAACCGCAAUCAGGGACUGCUACAACUACCUACUACUAUCUAUUAUACUAGUACCCGAUAGUAUAGACAGAGGGCGAAAACAGCAGCAACAACAGUGCGCGAUAGAAUUCUCUCAUCCAAAACAUCACCUUGGGUGGUGUAUCACUCUGAUCGUAGCAAUCGCUGAGACGGAGAAAAAUCCGGCACCGCGAAAGCGCGUGUUACUCUAAGCAAAGAGGGCCAGUGGAAGAAAAGGAUCAAAGGCGAAGGGGUGGUGGACUUUACUAUUAUGUGCCAGUGCUCCGUCAAGGACACACAACCGAAACAUCCAACACCUCAGCAGCCGAAGAAGAAGAAACUGCUGCUGCUAGAACAACAACAGCAACCACCACCAUUGCGAUCCGCACAAACAAGCUGUCUUUUGGCGCGAUCCCGCUCGCCUUCGGUUCGGCGGAUCGCUACCGGACCCUUGAUAGGAUCAUCAUAAUCAACGAUCGGUUAGUCGAUCGGUCGCGUGAAAACUGACCACCGCUGAUAGUAUCACCGGUCGAAGAAAAGGCAUCAUCAUCAUCAUCAUCAUUAUCUACUUCAUAAUCAUCAUUAAACUCAACUUUACAAGCAAGCAAACAACAACAGGAGCAUCAUUUGUUGUCAUCGUCAGUAUCGUGUUCAAAAUGACGGGGCAGCAGCAUCAGCAGCAGAAGAAGCAGAGUAACGAAAAUGACACUGUGAAUAUAAAUUGUGAUUCAUCUGAUUACCUGAUAGUUGUAAACGAAACUAAUCGUAACGAAGUAGCGGUAGUUAUGGCGCAUGACGAGCAGAAGAGGGUACAAGAGGAGGAAGCAGCUGCAGGAGAAGGAGACGAGCAGUGGUUACUGCACAAAGCCGAGAUAGCAGACCAAAUCCUAGCCAGUAAGAAUACAACACAAACACCCCGACGAUCAGUUCACCGCCAUCGGCAGCAAGACUCCAAUGAAACGAUGUUUAAUGAAGACGAAAAGAUGAAGGCUCCCUCGUCUCUUCUUGGCGAUGGCAAGGCUAAACCUCAAAACUCAUUGCCAGGAGUGACGACGUCGUCAUUCGUAACAUUCGACGAGCUGGUACGUCUGUGUAAGCUUCAGGCUUCCAGAUUACCGCCGGUAUCGAUGGCUGUACGCUUGGGGCUGUGCGGUGGAGGAGAAGAAUCGAUCAACAAUGGUACCAGUGCCUGGGGCACACCAGCUGUCACCAACAAUCCAGCCGGGAGCUCCUGGGGAGCGAUCAACUCGCAGCAAACGACGAACGCCUCUGCAGUGGGCUCGUCUACAUCGUCGUCCUCAGGCAACGGCGCAGCGGUUGGCAGCACACAGCAACAGUCACAGUCAUCCUCUGGCAACGGUUCAUCGGCUUGGGGAGGUGCCGGAUCAGGAGGCCCGAACAACAAUGCUAGCGGCAGUGGAGCCGGUGUAGUGACACCCGGUGGUGGUGGACAACAGCCACCGAAAGGACCAAGUGGUGGCAUGGAAGGUGGUGGCAGUGCCUGGAAUGGACCUGGCGCGGGAGCCAAUUCUGCGACGGUGGGUAACGCACAAAACAAUGUAUCCGCUGCCGGAGGUCCCGCUAAUGCCACCAACAGUGCCAAUUUGGAGCAACAGCAGCAACAACCGGGGGGAGGACCGGUAGCACAACAACAACCAGCGAAUGCACAACAGCAGCAGAUCGAAGGCUUGGCACCGGGGAUACCUGUUGCGGCGGGGGGAGUAGCUGGGACUGCGGUGCAAUCUAGCACCGCCAAGAACCAGCUGGAGCAGCUAAACUCACUGCGCGAAGCGUUGUUUGCCCAGGAUGGAUGGGGCUCCGAGAACGUCGAUCAGGAUACGCAAUGGGAUGUUCCGGCUUCACCGGAACCGGGUGGUAAAACCGAUCCCAACAGUGCCACCAGUGGCCCAAUGGCAGGCAUUCCGAUGUGGAAGACAAACACUGGGACGGAGCUGUGGGAGGCCAACCUACGCAAUGGUGGCCAGCUACCCCAACAGCAGCCGCCUGUAUCGAAAACCUGGGGACCACAGAACAAUUACGGCGGUACUUGGGGAGAAGAUGACGAAGGUAAUGAACCGGGCAGUGUGUGGAACGGUGCCGGUGGUAGCGGGGUCGGUGGUGCUGGACCUAUGGGACCAGGAGGAGCAGUCGGUGUUGGUGGAAUGCGCGAUCCAGUACCGGGGGUUGGCGGCAUGAUGGGUGGCCCACAACAACAGCAGCAGCAGCAGCAGCAGCAGCAACAGCAACAAACCCAGUCACAGGGACCGUGGAACUCGGGAGUUGGCAGUGGAGCCCUCGGCGGCGCCGGUGGCCCAGGAGUAGGUGGAAUGUGGGGUGGUGGGCCUGGAGUAGCAAACGUCGGUGCUAAUGCCGGUGGUGGCAUUGUCGGUCUGAAGAAGGAUGGUAACGAUUGGGGUGCAGCAGCCGGCGCGGCUGGUGGCGCCGGACCCGGUGCCUCUGGUUGGAGUGGAGAAGGACGCGGCGUUGGUAAUCAGGCGGCGGUGGUCGCAUCGGUAGCAGCAGGAGGAGCCAGCGGUGGUGGUCUCGAUACGUCCGGUAUCGAUAUGCGUAACAUGCGCAUUGCCAGCGCGAUGGACAGCAAUCGCGAGAUUCGUGGCGAUCCCCGCGGCAUUUCCGGACGACUCAAUGGUAACGUUGGGCUCUGGGAUCAACACCAGAUGUCGGCUAUGCAACCUAAGAUGCCUCCGACGGUCACCACCCCCGGAACUGCCGGUCCUGGAGGCAAUGGAGGUGGUCAGUGGCCCGGUGGCCCGAAUAACAAUCCACUUGCCGCAGUUAACAAUGGUGCCGGUGGUGUUGGCAAGAUUGGCUCGUCUGGAUGGGAUGAUAUGAGUGGUGGCGGUGGUACAACCGGCGUCGGUGCUGGAGGACCACCGGGCGUGCGACGCAACAUGGACGACGGUACGGCAUUGUGGGGCCAGAACGCACUAAACCGGCAAAACUCCGCGAAUACCAUCGUAUCAGGUGGUGGUGGUGGUGGUGGCGGCGGCGGCGGCGGCUGGAAGGAUGGUUCCGGCAAUGACGGUGGCAUGGGACGUAGCGCUGGAAUGCACCGAAAUGCGAUGAUGGGUGGCGCAGGUGGCGGCCUCGUUGGACGAAUGGGUAGCGGGGCUGCUGGAGGUCCUGUCGGAGGUGGUCCGAUGAAGCCCGACAAUCUGUGGGGACAAAAUCCAAACCGUGGUGUCGGUAACUGGGGUGCCGGCGGCGGUGCAGACGAUCCUACCAAUACUGGCAACUGGGAUGAUAAGUCUGGUGGCGGUGGCAUGGGUGCCAAUUCGCUGUGGAACGACGGUGCUUCGAUUGCAGGUGUGGCCGCCGGCGGCAACGGAGGAGGUGGUUGGAACAAAGGUAAAGGAGGUUCUGGCUGGAAUGAUUCGUCCGGUGUGCCCGGCGGUGCAGGCACAAUGGACAUCUCAGAGUGGGGCAUGCCACCGAACAAACCACCGAGUAAGUUGGAGAUGUUGCGCUGCAGCAAGCAGUAUCGAACAUUGUGCGAUCACGGCUUCAAGAAGGAGGACGUCGAAAAUGUUCUACGCAUGACCAACAUGAACAUGGAGGAGUCACUGGAGUUGUUAAACCGGAACAGUGCAGGAGGUGCAGGCAUGAACGAUUGGCGUCGCUCAGACAAUCAUGGAACGGGCGCGUUCGGUGAUCAGUUCAUCGGUAGUGGUGCUGGUGCUAGUGGUGGCGUUAGUGGACGUUUUGCGGCCGCGGCUGCUGGCAUCGGUCCGAUGGCAUUCCAGAACAAUCAGAACAAUCUGGGUGGUGGUGUGUUCAGUGGCGGCAAUGGACCAGCAGCCGGCAGUAGCGGUUCCUUCAAUAGUAUGAAGUUCGGUGGUAAUGGUGGCGGCGGCGGUGUCGGCGGACCGGGCGGUAAUGGACCACCAGGUGCUUUCGGUCAACCGCUCGGAGGUGGCGGUGGCAAUGUGGCCGGUGGAUUGAAUCAACCGAACGCACAGUCCCAACAGAUUUCCAACCAUCAGCUGCGCGUGCUCGUGCAGCAGAUACAGCUAGCAGUCCAAAAUGGUUACCUGGAUCAUCAAAUCCUAAAUCAGCCACUAGCACCGCAGACCCUAAUGCUGCUCAAUCAACUGUUGAAUCACAUAAAGCAAUUACAUCUCAUGCAAAACAACCUGGCACGCACUGGUGGUGGCGGUGUAAACGCGGUACAAAUGUCCCUCGCCAUCAACAAGCUAAAAUCGCAAAUCACCAGUUUGCAAAGCCAGAUCGCGACGCAGCAAUCGAUCUACCUGAAGCAACACCAACAGCAGCAGCCCCACCAGCAACAGCAGCAGCAACCGGGUCACCCGGGAGCGGUCAAUAACGUGAAUGUGGCAGCCCUUGCCGCUGCUACCGGCGGCCAUCCAGGCAACGAUCUCUUCCGUAGCGCGAACGACAUGUCGGGCUUGCCCAGUGCCUUUGGGGAUUUGGCGCUCAAAGACAGUGGCCCACCAUUUCCAUCGUCUACUGGCAGCACUAGCCAGCAGUCGCGCCUGAACCAAUGGAAGCUACCGGCAGCGACCACCCCGACAACACCCGGUGGGCUUGAUAAGGAUGUUUCGGAUUUGAACGACUUUGUGCGCGCUCCAGGUGCGACGUCCAAGUCAUCGGGUCCGUCCGGUUCCUCGGGCAUUGAUGACAGUCCGUGGUCCAAUGGGCGCAGCAAUCUAGCCGACUCAGGCUGGCCAGACUCUGGUGUGCAGGAUAACAAGGACUGGCCGGGCGGUAACGACGCGUUCAGUGAUUUGGUACCCGAGUUUGAGCCCGGUAAACCGUGGAAGGGUACCCCAUCGACACGUAUCGAGGAUGAUCCGACGAUAACUCCGGGCAGUGUGGCCCGCAACUCGCUAUCGAUUGCCGCAGCCAAGGAGUCGAAUCUAUUCGGUGGCAACAGCGGUGGUGGAACCGGCAGCAGCGUGUCGAACGUGAACAGCAAAUCAUCGCCCACCGAGUCCACCUGGAGCUUCAACCCUUCCGGCACAAGUGGAAGUGGUGGCGCUGGAGGAGGCGCCGGUGGGAUGCAAAAUUCGGGACAUUACGGUGGAUCGAACACAAAGGUACCAAAGAACCCUUGGCAGGACAGCGGAACACCGACUAUGCAGCCCUCUGAUCUGGCCUGGGACACCGGGUUGGGUGGCGGAAAGACCCGGACUGGUAAUAUGAUGGGUGGUGGUACGCUAGGAAAGCAGGGCGGUGGCAGCAAGCUGGUCGAGGCGAACGGUUGGAAUACCGCGACGAAUGCACAGGGUGGCAGCUCGUGGAACAGUGGUUCAAACAGCAGCUGGGCUUCGACCUGGAUUUUACUGAGAAAUUUAACCGCACAAAUCGAUGGAUCAACUCUACGUAC